GAAGAAUGGCUACCCCAUAUGUUCCUGUUCCAAUUCCCAUAGGAAGUUCCACUAGUUUUGCAACGAAUAGAAACCAAAGAAGAUCAUCUCUUGGGAGCAUUUCAACAAGUUCAAAUUCUUCUAAAGGGCAGCUAGAAGACUCUUCGAACAGUAGCUUUAAAAAGAUGAGUGUCCCUGAUGAGAUUGGUGCCACUUCAUCUCCUUGUAAUAGCCCACUUGUUAGGACUAAAUUUAUAGGUAUGAACACGUCUAUGGAAUACUGUACUCAACCAUCAGAAGUUACUACACAAAAUACAGAUUCUGGCAGCUGGGACGAUCGACCUGCUACACCUACAAUACUAGGGUAUGAGGUGAUGGAAGAGAGAGCAAAAUUUACUGUUUACAAGAUCCUUAUUAAGAGAAAUCCUGAGGAAAACUGGGUGGUUUUCAGAAGGUAUGCCGACUUCUCCAGGCUUAAUGACAAGCUGAAAGAUAUGUUUCCUGGUUUUCGAUUGGCACUUCCACCAAAGCGCUGGUUCAAGGAUAAUUACAACCCUGACUUCCUAGAAGACAGACAGUUGGGACUGCAAGCCUUUCUACAGAAUUUAGUUGCUCACAAAGACAUUGUUAAUUGCCUUGCAGUAAGGGAGUUUCUUUGUUUGGAUGAUCCACCAGGGCCUUUUGAUAGCCUGGAAGAGAGCAGGGCUUUUUGUGAGACUCUGGAGGAAACAAACUACCGCCUGCAAAAGGAACUUGCUGAAAAACAAAGGGAAGUGGAGGCUCUAAAAAAUCUAUUACAUGAAAAAGAAGUAUACAUAGAUGCAAUGGAGAAAAGGAUUAGGGAUUUAAAUGUAGAGGAAACUAGGUCUCGUAAGAUGUCAGGAGAAGAAAGUGAGUGCAGUGGAGAAGUGGAAUCUUCUGCAGUAGAGGCAGAUCAGGGAGGCCUGACUGAAGACAAAUGUUCAGAAAAAGAGAACCAGGAACCAUCUUGGAGUAGUUCAGUGGCAGAAAACUCUGUACCGGAAAUUGAAGUUGCUGAGGUAGCGUGUCCUGCAGAUGAAGAGGCAUAA